CUUGUAUUAUGUAUAUAUACCGUCCAGACUCUCGACUUCAAAAUACUCCUCUCAAACUGAAACAGAGGCUUAUUGUCACUUAUGGCGCUAUUAUCCGCUUUCCAAGAGAGGCUUCAGCAGAUGGAGGAAACCAGAAACCAAAGGCUCUUUCUCCUUCAGGCGGAGAAAGAACUUCAAAGCAAGAACUCUCUGCUGUUGGAAUCGAAGCUUUUGAACAUCAGAUCCAUGGAACAACGAUGCCUUAUACUUGAGCAGAGGAACGCGGCAUUGAACUUCAAGAUAUUAGGUCACAGGUCGGAGAUCUCGAGUUUGGAGGCCAAGUACCUGUCGACGUUUCAACAAUUGAGGGAUCUGAAGAUUGAGGUGGAGGAGCUCGAGGAUUGUGAGAAGGAGAAAGAAAUGUUUUAUGCGAUGAAGAGAUGUGACAUGGAAGAUUUCAAGGGACAAGUGAAGAGAUUCGUUUUGGAAUCACGUCAACAAGUGCAAGAUCUGAGGUGCAGACUUGAAGAGCUCAAAUUGAGGCUUCAAGAACUUCAGGGCAAGAAUGGAUUUCUGGAUAAUUCAGAGAUUGCUGCAGCAGAGAAAAAGAAGGAUGAGCUUUUAGUUUUGAAAGAGAAUGUGCAGAGAAGCUUGGAAUCAAAUUAUCAACUGAUAGCACAAUUGCAGAAGCAGCUUCAAAACAUUUUACUUACUCAAGAUCAAGAGAGAAGGAAACUGAGACAGAGCAGUGAGAAAGAGAAGUCUAAGAUAGCAGGCAUACAAAAUGAAUGAUAAAUCAGGGAUAAUGGUGUGGAGAAGGUGCUGUAUAUAAUUUCAUCUUGUUCAUACCUCUACAAAAUUUGUUAGAAAUGUUUCUUCAUUCAGCCUUUCAUGGUAAUGCACCUUUGUCUGAUGGA